AUUGGCGCAGUCUAUCUCUACUUGAUCAUCAUGAUCGUGGUGCUGAACGGUCUCCUUCCACGCGUAUGCCGCCCACUCUUCACACCGUCUGGCUGCGAAACCGUUCAUUCGGGCUUUGACGAACCACGGGCUAUGGUGCAUAAUGUGCCACCAGGAUUCGAGUCACCAUCACCCUCACCAUCGCCAUCGCCAUCGACACCGGCAAUGGCAGCAGCACCAAUAACAACGCGACCAAAUACUAUUUAA